AUGGCAAAGGUUCAGGUGAACAAUGUAGUGGUGCUGGAUAACCCUUCUCCUUUCUACAACCCGUUCCAGUUCGAGAUCACCUUCGAGUGCAUCGAGGACCUGUCUGAAGACUUGGAAUGGAAAAUUAUCUAUGUGGGCUCUGCAGAAAGUGAAGAAUAUGAUCAAGUUUUAGACUCUGUUUUAGUGGGCCCUGUUCCUGCAGGAAGGCAUAUGUUUGUAUUUCAGGCAGAUGCACCUAAUCCAGGACUCAUUCCAGAUGCUGAUGCAGUAGGCGUAACAGUUGUGCUAAUUACUUGUACCUAUCGAGGUCAAGAAUUUAUUAGAGUUGGCUACUAUGUAAAUAAUGAAUAUACUGAGACAGAAUUAAGGGAAAAUCCGCCAGUAAAACCAGACUUUUCUAAGCUUCAAAGGAACAUUUUGGCAUCUAAUCCCAGGGUCACAAGAUUCCACAUUAAUUGGGAAGACAACACAGAAAAACUGGAAGAUGCAGAGAGCAGUAAUCCAAAUCUACAGUCACUUCUGUCAACAGAUGCAUUACCUUCUGCCUCAAAGGGAUGGUCCACGUCAGAAAACUCACUAAAUGUCAUGUUAGAAUCCCACAUGGACUGCAUGUGA